GAACUGUCCCCACCCACUAGUACUCACACGUAACUUUGUCAUAGGGCGCCUAUUACCACUCCCAAGGUGUCACAGGCAGAAAGGAGCAGCAGCUGGCGCCACUGCAAUGUCAGGGCAAGGCAGCCAGGCUGCGCUCUCCCCUCACUGGUACCUGGGCUUGGCUGAGCCCCGAGCAGCCGCCUUCUCUAGGGAAAGAAGCCUUCUCAAGUGGGAACAAAAAUGAGUGUGAGGCGAGCACCCAUCCUGGGCACUAUUGAAUUUGGGUGCCUCAGCACCUGUUGCCUUCAUUAGCAGCUUUCCCUCUUCUCUGCACCUCUCAGAACCAAAGAAUGUGAAGGGGUCCAUGGAGGGCUCACGUCCCCGCAUCUCUGGUGGCCACCUAGCGCCAUCGCCACCGGCGUUCGACGGUGAGCUGGAUCUUCAGCGCUACUCCAACGGGCCCAGUGUGAGCGCAGGGUCUCCUGGGAUGGGAGCAGUGGGCUGGUCUGAGAGUCGUACAGGUGAACGACGCUUCCCCUGUCCUGUGUGUGGGAAGCGCUUCCGUUUCAAUUCCAUCCUGGCUUUGCACCUGCGAGCACACCCCGGAGCCCAGGCCUUCCAGUGCCCACAUUGUGGCCAUCGUGCUGCGCAGCAGGCUUUGCUGCGCUCCCAUCUCCGAACGCACCAGCCAGAGCGCCCGGAGCGCGCCCGGAGCCCUGCUGCCCGCCUGUUGCUGGAAUUGGAGGAGCGUGCACUGCUGCGUGAGGCCCGACUGGGCAGAGCCCGAAAUUCCGGAAGCAUGCAGGCCACCUCUGCCACUGAGGGCCUGGCACAGCCUCAACUUCCUUCGUCAUCGUCUGCCUUUCGUUGCCCCUUUUGCAAAGGCAAGUUUCGAACCUCUGCAGAGCGCGAACGCCACCUGCAUAUCUUGCACAGGCCUUGGAAAUGCAGCCUGUGCAGUUUUGGCUCGAGCCAGGAGGAGGAGCUGCUGAACCACAGCCUGACGGUCCACGGGCCGCCCCCUGAUCGCCCCCUGGUGGCCACCUCUGCUGGGUCCCAGCCUCAGCCUUUGCCCCAGCCAGAACCCAGAUCUGCCCCUGAACCAGAGCCCCGGCCCAGGCCUGAGCCUGAACAUGAGGCAACUCCUGCCCCAGCUCCUGCAGCUCCAGAGGAGCCUCCAGCGCCCCCUGAGUUUCGCUGCCAAGUGUGUGGCCAGAGCUUUACACAGUCCUGGUUUCUCAAGGGCCAUAUGCGCAAGCACAAAGCCUCCUUUGAUCAUGCGUGUCCCGUAUGUGGCCGCUGCUUCAAGGAGCCUUGGUUCCUUAAGAACCAUAUGAAGGUGCAUGCCAGCAAGCUGGGUCCUCUACGUGCCCCAGGGCCUGGCUCUGGGCCUCCCCGGGCACCUCAGCCUCCAGACCUGGGUCUGUUGGCUUAUGAGCCACUGGGCCCGGCACUACUUCUGGCCCCGGCGCCCACCCCAGCUGAGCGCCGGGAGCCCCCGAGCCUCUUGGGCUACCUAAGCGUCCGAGCUGGUGAAGCCCGACCCAAUGGCGAGGGUGCUGAGCCCGGAGCUGGCCGCAGUUUCGGAAGCUUCCGCCCACUGCAGUCAGCUCUCCCUGCCCGCACUCACCGGAACCGGGCAGAGGAGCCCGAGGAGGAAGAGGAGGUGGUGGAGGCUGAAGAGGAGAACUGGGCCCGGGGCAGGUCGCUCGGCCCUCUGGCUUCACUGCAUCCGCGCCCCGGUGAGGGGCAGGGGCACUCGGCACCUGCUGGGGGGUCCCAGGCAAGAUCCACAGCCACGCAGGAAGAAAACGGGCUGCUGGCUGGAAGUACUCGGCCUGAAGGGGGCCGGGGGGCUACUGGCAAAGAUUGUCCUUUCUGUGGAAAGUCUUUCCGCUCAGCGCAUCAUCUCAAAGUGCACCUGAGGGUACACACAGGUGAGCGUCCCUACAAGUGUCCACACUGUGACUAUGCGGGCACCCAGUCUGGCUCGCUCAAGUACCACCUGCAGCGUCACCACCGAGAGCAGAGGAGUGGUGCAGGUCCUGGACCACCCCCAGAGCCACCACCCUCUUCCCAGCGGGGUUCAGCUCAGCCAUCGGGAGCCAAGUCGGCUCAGCCCCCUGCGACUUGGGUGGAAGGUGCCACGGGCCCUCGGCUUCCUUCAAGCAGCUCUGGGCCUGGGUCCCGUCGUAAGCCCACCAGCCCUGGGAGGACCCUGCGCAAUGGGCGAGGUGGUGAGGCAGAACCCCUGGACCUCUCCCUAAGGGCGGGGCCAGGGGGCGAGGCUGGGCCGGGGGGCUCCCUCCACCGUUGCCUCUUCUGCCCCUUUGCCACUGGAGCCUCUGAGCUCAUGGCCCUGCACCUACAAGUGCACCACAGCCGCAGGGCUCGAGGCCGUAGGCAGCCCCAAGCUGAUGCUUCUCCGCCCUAUACCCUAGCACCAACGGGAGAGACCCCACCCAGCCCUCCACUGGAAGGGGAGGAUAGCCCAGGGCUGUCUAGACCGGGAGAGGCGGGGCUAGGGGCACAAGAACGGUAGGGUGCCCUCUUAGGGGCAAUUAGCUUAGCGAGCUUACCCCGCCGGAGAGGGGAGCCUAGAGGUAGUUGGGUAGAACAGCCAGCAGGGGGCAUUGUGGGACUUGUAUCCCAACCCCAAGCAGACCAGAGGUGGAAGGGGCAGCAGGUGGAGGUGGGCAGGCAGUCCCCACCCAGCCCAGGGGAGUCACAGUGCCUUAGAAGUGGCAGAGGUGAGGGUCAAAGAAUGGGGUCCCAGGGCUGGCAGAGGGUUCUAUCCCUGUUGAGGAGCUGCUCUGCCAGUUUUUGCUGGUCUCUAGGAGUGAGAAUUUAUUUUUAUACAAGGGGUGGGGGUGGGGGGCACUGUACCCUUCUAGCCCCAUGAGGGGCCCUGUAGACGUUGAUAUUUUUGGUACGAUUCCUGUCAUCCCUGUUGCAGUCGUGUCCCCAAAUAAACAGGUGUCUUGAGGCACAGGG